AUCCCCGUGGGUGGAGGCAGGUUUGACGUGGUGUCCGCUGGUUUUAAAACGAGAACUCCCCGCCCCUCCACUUCACUCCGCUCUCCAAAAUAGUCUUUCAGGAAGUUGCAGAUAUACGGAUAAACCAUCUGAAGGUUGACGCUCUGUCCUCGUUGCUUGUGGUGUUUGAACUGUUGUGUGCAGUCUGUAGCUAAGCUGCAACAGCUGAAAAGCGGCAUUGUGUGUACGUUUCUUCAAGGCACUGUUUGGCUUCCAUACCAGAAUUAAAGUCACAGACAAGCAGUUUUCCCUGACUGUUCGUUGGGCUUGGAUUUCUCCUUGUUCAGAGGUACCAGGGCCACAUCCAGUGCCCUAGCUCAGAAGAAUGGAGAUGGUUAGUAAGACCCAUCAGGCGAUGGCAAAAGGUCUAUCGGUGGAUAGUGAGCUGACUCUUGAGCCACUGGUGAUGUGCAAGCUUUGCCUUUGUGAAUACGCUCCUGAUAGAAUGACCACUCUGGAGCAGUGCAGCUGUGUCUUCUGUACCCUGUGUUUGACACAAUAUGUGGAACUGAUGAUCAGAGAAGGUUGUGGAUCUACGGUCACGUGCCCUGAGCUGGGAUGUCCUAAAAAUGGUGUCUUACAGGAUGCAGAGAUUGCUUGUUUGGUUCCAGCUGAUCUGCUUCAGCUGUACCAGCAACUGAAAUUUGAUCGAGAAAUCCAUCUGGACCCUUCCAGGACAAGGUGCCCCAGAGUUCAGUGUCAGGCUGUAUGCCAGAUUGAGGCAGGUGAUUCUCACCAGGCAGUGCCAGUUCAAUGCCCCUCCUGUUGCAUACAGUUUUGCUCCAUCUGCAAAGCCAGUUGGCAUCCAGGGCAAACUUGUCAAGAGAGCCAGCCCUUCCUGCCUUCAAAAGGAUCUGAUGAUGGUGUUCUCGUCAGCCAUGACAUGGAAGCUUCCAUCAAGCAGUGUCCUGUAUGUCAUAUCCUCAUAGAACGAAAUGAAGGCUGUGCCCAAAUGAUGUGCAAAAAUUGCAAGCACACCUUUUGCUGGUAUUGCCUUCACAAUCUGGAUAAUGACAUUUUCCUGAGACACUAUGACAAAGGACCAUGCCGCAAUAAACUCGGCCACUCUAGGGCUUCAGUCAUUUGGAACAGAACCCAGGUUGUAGGGAUCCUCUUUGGAUUAGGUCUGAUUGUACUGGUCACAUCUCCACUUCUCCUCCUGGCCUCACCCUGCAUCCUCUGCUGUGUCUGCAAAUCCUGCAGGAUCAAGAGGAAACACGACCGUCCACCACCUUCUUAAAUUGGAAGAACUGCCUGAUCCCGUCUUCCUUCGGUGCCAAGCUACCUCUCUUCACCUCGUCAUUCCUAAGGGUGAUAUGGCCACUGGAUCAGUGCUAUGAAAGAACAUCCUGUAGGGGGUUGAUUGGGACAGAGGUGAGGGUGCUUAGCAUAUAGUAACUGAAUCAUGCAAGCAAAAUGGAUUUAGUGGAUGCCUUCUGGCAAUAUUGUCCAAACCAUCUUUAAAAUCCAAGCUGUUACAGCCUCUGUUGCUUCAUAAUCCAAGGAUAAUUGUGUGUUUUCAGCUGUUUGUUAGAUGGCUUUUUUUUUGUGAGAUUUUUGCCAUUAGACCUAUUGUCCAUCCACCAUGUCUGUUAUGAUUUGGGCUGACCUCUUAGGGACAGGAUAAGGUUUAGAAUUUCAGUUCCCCUAGUUCCCUUGAUACUGCAGUGUUUGCGAAUGCAUCUUGUUAAUCUACUUUUAAAAGAAAGCCUUGGGUUCUUCCUGGCACUUUUGAGGUUUGAGCUUGAAGGCAUUUGUAUGAGAUGAGAAACUAUAGUGUCUUACCACUUGGCCAACAUUCAGAUGCCUGGAAAAUGGUUAUUACUGUUUUAUUGGAGCAUUGUUUAGGUUUCACUUUUUCCAUGUGUAAUUACAAACCAUAGCCUGAUACAAUCAAAAGGACUAGUAGCAUAGUAGGGUGAUGAAUCCCAUUCCAUUUUACCUCCUAUCACAGAGGCCAUAGGAAUUUUAUGCAAGACAGUUUCCUUUCUUGCAACAUUUGGGGUCUACAAGGAAUGGAAAGAGAGGCAAAAACAGUUAGUAUGGCAAUAUGGAUUUUAAAGGAAAAUGCCUGUUGUCUUAAGUUGUGAGCUUGACUAUUCACAUUUACCACCGUGCCUCAAAAUUAAGGCAACUGAAUACAGUAAGCAGAUCUUCCUAUGAGCUGACAAUAGAAGAUGCUGGAAUUACUCAGCAGAUCUAUUGGGGGGGGGGGGGGGGGGGGGGGGGGGGGGAAGAGUUAAAAUUCCAGAUUUAAUGUUAUUUUUGGGAUUUUGAUCAAUGAAAGGCCAUUGACCUGAAAGGUUAACUUUUCUUUCUCCAUGGAUGCAGCCAGACCUGUUGAGUGUUUAGUGUUUUCUGCUUUUAUUUCUGAUUUCCUGUCUUGGCAGUGUUUUGCUUACAGCAUUUGUGUUGAGAAUGCCAUUUAUAGAAAAAUGGGCUAUAUUUUAGGAAUUGCAUAACAUUCAUAUAAUCCCUGGUUUUGGCUACAGCUGAUGUCAAAUUUGGAUUGGUGCUUAAUUAAUGAUAUGUCUGAUCAUAGUAGCAUGGCAUUAAAUGUUAAAAUCAGCCAGGUAUGUGUGCAAAAUUAGUGCAGUAAAAGGAUAAUGAGUGGAUGUUAUAUAAACCAUUUAAGGGUAACUUUUUAUAAAAUUGUGUUCUAUAUGCAGAGCUUUAUCCAGUGGAAAUAUUUAUGAGGAACUUGGGUGCAGAAAUCUUUGGACUCUGUAAAGUUUGCUGAUCAUUAUCUCCAGCUCUGCCUUUAAUGGUCAGAAUUGUGCCAGAAUUACCUCAACAGUGCUGAGUUUACGGCUGUAGUACUGCCAAAUUUGACUAUGACUUCUCUCUUUUUCUGGGCAAGAGAGUCCAGUUUUUUGUCUGAUACCUUUUCAGUGAGCAGUAGAGGCUUACAGGCUGCUGUAUGGAUGAGCCCCCUUCCUUUGUAUGUAUCGUCUCAAAAACCUAUUCAUUUAAAAGCAGGGACCUUGAUAUUUCAAGGUCCAAAUAACAGUAUGUUGGCUGUGGUUCAGCUGGUACUGCACUUGCCUCUAAAUCAGAAGUUUAUGGAUGGGUUCAAGUCCCACAAUUACAGUCUGGUUCUAACUCUGGGUUACAUAGUGGGUUUCACGGUGAUGUUUUAUCUUUUGUAUUUAAGAUCUUGCGUAUCAGACAUUAUGUAUUUACAGGUCAAAAUGUUUGCACAAUUAGAAAUGGCUCAGGAAUGGCUGCCUGUGCUGGUGUUCUUAGCACUUUCUCUAAUUGUAGAGACUGGUUGUCAGUGUCGUCAGACAAAGAUUUGGAGCUUUAAAAUUACGCUACUUGAAGAAUUUUUCCUAAAUGUCAAAAUGUUAAAUAAACAGUAACGGUGUUCAGCUUUCCUAGGGCUGGACAACUUAACUGCUUUUCUAAAGCAAUGACCCCAUUAGUGUGAAUCUGGAUGGAUCUUAGGUCAGUGAUGCCCAGCAUUCCUGCUUCUACUGGAAGUAUUUGUUUCAAGGGCCUGUCAUAAACAAGGGCACAAGCUCAUCGUCAACUUAGAGCCUAUAUCGGGAUGUUUAGCUUGCUACAGAGGGCUAUUGAUGUCUGGAGAGAACAGGAAGGAAGGUUGGCUGAAAUAAAGAUCGCAGGAUUCAUUUAAGAAACAUCCAUACUCUGCAAACUAUAAUGGUUUGUAGUCUUGAGGAAUGAGAUCCACUGAGUAGAAUGACAUUAUAUAGGGUGAAAUAAACUAAAGAGCAGGACUGAGAUAUAGCAGGGUCUACAGGAGGCAGCCUGACUGCAGCAAUAAAAUUUGAGUAUCAUAUUGACGUGGUUUGAAUCUCAAGCAUGCUACAUUCUUGAAACACACUACAGCCUGCAUUGCUUUGUGCAAGGGGUUUUACCUUGUCUUCUAUGUGUUAUUAAAUGUCAUUGUGGCAGGAGGCCAGCUCCACAAGUUGACUUGACUUGAUGGAGAUUAGUUUAACUGUGUGUUUAGCUAAUGCAGUGGGGAACUUCAGUGUAGAAACUGUGAUGGUUUGGGUUGGGAGGGAUGCAAAAUUGAUUUAAACAAAAAAUCAAAACAGCUAGCUCAAGAAAAGGCACAGCUAGGAUGGGCGACAGCUUGCUUCUAGAACGUGGGUGGGUCAUUUAAAAUGGAGAUUAAAAUAUUUAAGUUUAUUCUAGUUAGCUAAGUUUUUUUUUCCCGGUUUUGGGAAAGCCAAUUUCUGACUGAGAUGAGAACUGCAGAGUACAGCAGGUGGGUGCCUGCAUCUGAAUUUCCUGACCUCAGAAUAUCUCUGACCCUCCCCUAACAUCAAUGACAUGGAGUAUCUGUGCUGUGAGAUUCCAUUCAUCCCUGAUUCUUUGUCCUGAUUGGAUUAGCCUCACUGUCCUGUUCUUGUCCUAGUUCCUGGUGUAAGUUGCACUAGUGCAGAUUCCCUGUCAUUGUUGCAUGGGGAGUCCAUGUCACAUUUGUGAUAUUUGGUUUCUCCCACACAGCAGGAUGGUGCAAAAUAGGGCUUUGGAAAUUGGGCCAGGCAACUUCAGUCCAAACACCCUGGUCCCUAAUUUGCAUCUAAUUUCAUUGCUAUGCAUAUCAAUAGAACUUCUAUAAAUUUAAUCAGACUCAUAGCGUGGCUUAAUUUUGUACUUUUGGAGGCCAUCAUCCUAUUUGAUAUUGGCAAGGGUGGCAUUUAUGGGCCAUCACUACUACUUCUUGAGAGUGUUAAUAGUAAGCUGUAGUCCUUUUGUUGAAUGAUCUCCCAUAAUCCUGGGAGGUAAUGAGGUCCAGAAUUUUGAACCAUUGACAGUGAAGGAACAGUGAUGUUUACCCGAAUGUGGAUGGUGUGUGAUUGGGAUGGAACAUAGAAGAACAGGAUGACAACUGUGCUGGAGGUCACAAAUCCAGGUACUUGUUCCAUUCCAACUGAGGGGUGUGGAUAUAAUGAGGUUCAUGUUUAACUAAACUCUUAUAUAUCCGAAUGUUGCUGAAAUUCGUGAUGGUGGGGAGAGGUGAAGAGGGAUGUCUGUAAAUUGGACUUCCCACGUUCAUGUUGCUCUUUGUUUUGUAUGUAGGUCAUUCCUUUCUCCCCGCACUCUACCCCCAUCCCAUCACCCAUGUGGGAACCAGGGUGGGGACCUAGUUGGGGAGAGCAGGAAGAGUGUGAUGGAGCAGAUCUUGAGGAAUUCCUUUUGAAUAAGUGCUUUGUGAACCAAGUGGUCAUCAUUGUACAAGUAUGUGGAAAAAGCAGUUUUAUAAUCUGCUUGGAGAAAGAAAGUCACACAGGAGCCCACACACCAUUCUGGUAAUGGAUAUUAUUUCCCCAUGCACUUCCCAUUGUCUUUACCUACCUAGGAUUCUUUUUUACACCAAGGGGGACAACUAACAUCCAAAGAAUCGUGUGUCUGUGGUGGAGUUUCCAGCUCUGAUUGGAUGUUUUCCUGGAGGUUUCACCAAUAUAUUUUGGGUUCAACAGCCAGUUCAAACCACCUUCCUUCCCCAUAUCCCAUAUCCCCCAACUGAAUGGGGAGAAAAAGUUGGUCAAAGGAAACGGGGAUGGGGGGGGUGGGGGCAGCAAAAACCAUGCUACCUUUCUACUGUCCUAGUGAUUUUAUUUUUUCCCGGAUGUUGGUCACAGAAUUGUAACAAUAUUGCAAAUCUAUGCACUUUAUAAAUGUAUAUAAAUAUAUAACUCUAUGUAAUUAUUCCAUAUUGCUGAAUAAUGUUAAGUUUGUAAGAAAAAUCUAGUUUGGAAGCUUGUGUAUAUUUUUGUUUGAUAUAAAAAUAAAUCAUAUUAGUUUG